AAGGGAUAAGACCGAAGAAUAAAAUAAACCCUAAAACCCACCCCAACCAAGGAGGAAACACUAUAUAAAAUAUAAGAAACCUGUGAAGAUGACAAACUAGGUUAUAUUCAUCCAUUAGGCAUUUUGGUUACUCAUAGUCUCAUAGUGCCAUAAUUCAGCAGCAUAUCACAAUGGGUUCUCUUAUGGCAGGAUGGUACUCUACCCACAUGGAUCCUAAAUCAGCCACACUUAAAAGGAACCGCUCACUCACCAAAGAUGAAAUUGAUGCAUACUGGAAAUCAAAGAAGAAGAUAGAGGAAGAACACCUUAAAGCUAUUUCCAGCUUAUCAGACACUAUUCAGGUUAGCAAAUACACAGAGCCAGAGAAGAAGCUUCAGAAGUCAAUGACCAUGCCCGUGACCCGCACACGGGACCACGUAAGUAUGGACAUUGACACAAGUUUGGAGCAGCUUAUAAAGAAAAAUGGCUGGUGGACCAAGAGUAGCUGGGCAUUUCUGAAUGAGCCUCCAGUGAUUGAAGCUGCGUCCAAUAAGUAUACAUCGCAGUUUCAUGUUGCAAACUUGGGAUCAUCGAAAUUUAACCCCCAAGAUGGAAUUAGUGCUUGAUAUGAAUAUGAUUAAUUACUAAACUACUCAGCCUAGUGGUGAACCAAUUAUGAUUAGUGUGUCUGGUUCUUGUAAUGGUGUUACGAGUGCUACUAUGUGAGGGUUUAAUAAUUAAUGUACGUGUGAUAGAUGUGGUUACCAAAGCUAGUUCUGUGCUGGAGUUCAAGUGUGUAGUCUGGGUUUGUUUGAGGAGGGUAGUCAUAAAAUUCCAACAAUUAGUGAAUCACCUUCGUGUGCUAAUUAUUUACGAGCAUUACUUGUUAUUUGUUA